AUGGUCCAUCUCUUUUGGUUCAACAAGCACAAGCCCUGGAUUGAGACUUCGUAUCAUGGCGUCAUAACUGAGAACAACGACACAGUCAUUUUGGACCCACCACUGGUAGCCCUGGAUAAAGAUGCUCCAGUUCCUUAUGCAGGGGAAAUCUGUGCGUUCAAGAUCCUCGGCCAGGAGCUGCCCUUCGAGGCUGUGGUGCUCAACAAGACGUCUGGGGAGGGCCGGCUCUGGGCCAAGAGCCCCAUCGACUGCGAGCUCCAGAAGGAGUACACGUUCAUCAUCCAGGCCUACGACUGUGGCUCUGGGCCCCGGGAGACAGCCUGGAAGAAGUCACACAAGGCGGUGGUCCACAUCCAGGUCAAGGAUGUCAAUGAGUUUGCUCCCACCUUCAAAGAACCGGCCUACAAGACCAUCGUCACCGAGGACAAGAUCUAUGACAGUAUCCUGCAGGUGGAGGCCAUCGACGAGGACUGCUCCCCCCAGUACAGCCAGAUCUGCAACUACGAAAUCGUCACAACUGAUGUGCCCUUUGCCAUCGACAGGAACGGAAACAUACGGAACACGGAGAAGCUGAGUUACGACAGGCAGCGUCAGUAUGAAAUCCUGGUGACCGCCUAUGACUGUGGACAGAAGCCAGCCGCUCAGGACACCUUGGUGCAGGUGGAUGUGAAGCCCGUGUGCAAGCCUGGCUGGCAAGAUUGGACCAAAAGAAUCGAAUAUCAGCCCGGCUCCGGCAGUCUGCCUUUGUUUCCCAGCAUCCACCUGGAGACAUGUGAUGGGCCUGUGUCCUCCAUUCAGAUCACGAUUGAGCUGCAGACCAACUACAUCGGCAAAGGCUGUGACCGGGAGACCUAUUCGGAGAAAUCCCUUCAGAAACUGUGUGGGUCCUCGUCUGGCAUCAUCGACCUCUUGCCGUCUCCCAGAGCAGCCACCAACUGGACCGCAGGGCUGCUGGUGGAUAGCAGCGAGAUGAUCUUCAAGUUCGAUGGCAAGCAGGGCGCCAAGAUCCCUGACGGCAUUGUGCCCAAGAACCUGACGGACCAGUUCACCAUCACCAUGUGGAUGAAGCAUGGCCCCAGCCCGGGCGUGAGAGCUGAGAAGGAAACUAUUCUCUGCAAUUCAGAUAAGACAGAAAUGAACCGGCACCACUACGCUCUGUAUGUGCACAACUGCCGCCUUGUUUUCCUCUUGAGGAAGGACUUUGACCAGGCUGACACCUUUCGACCUGCCGAGUUCCACUGGAAGCUGGACCAGAUUUGUGACAAGGAGUGGCAUUACUAUGUCAUCAAUGUGGAGUUUCCAGUGGUUACCUUAUACAUGGAUGGAGCAACUUACGAACCAUACCUGGUGACCAACGACUGGCCCAUUCAUCCAUCUCACAUUGCCAUGCAGCUAACAGUCGGCGCUUGUUGGCAAGGUGGAGAGGUCACCAAACCCCGAUUUGCUCAAUUCUUUCAUGGUAACCUGGCCAGUCUCACCAUACGCCCUGGCAAAAUAGAGAGUCAGAAGGUGAUAUCUUGCCUACAGGCCUGCAAAGAAGGGCUGGAUAUUAAUUCCUUGGAAAGUCUUGGCCAAGGAAUAAAGUAUCACUUCAACCCCUCCCAGUCCAUUCUGGUGAUGGAAGGUGACGACAUUGGGAACAUCAACCGCGCCCUUCAGAAGGUCUCCUACAUCAACUCCAGACAGUUUCCAACAGCGGGUGUGCGGCGCCUCAAAGUCUCCUCCAAAGUCCAGUGCUUUGGAGAAGACGUCUGCAUCAGCAUCCCGGACAUGGAUGCCUACGUGAUGGUUCUGCAGGCCGUGGAACCUCACAUCACUCUCCAUGGUACUGAACGCUUCUGGAGGCCUGCUUCUCAGUUUGAAAGCACCAGAGGGGUGGUCCUCUUCCCAGACAUCAAGAUUGUGAGCACCUUUGCCAAAACAGAGGCCCCGGGAGACAUGAAACCUACAGCCCCCAAGUCCACAGUCCUGGAAGAAAUGCUUCACAACUUAGAUUUCUGUGAUAUCUUGGUUCUUGGAGGGGACUUGGAUCCAAGACAUGAGAGCUUGGAGCUCAACCACAGUGAGCUUCACCAGCGCCACCUGGACGCCACCAACUCCACUGCAGGCUACUCCAUCUACGGUGUGGGUUCCAUGAGUCGCUACGAGCAGGUAUUGCACCACGUCCGCUACCGCAACUGGCAUCCAGCUUCUCUGGAGACCCGACGAUUCCAGAUCAAGUGCUCGGAGCUCAAUGGGCGCUACACCAGCAAUGAGUUCAACCUGGAGGUCUGUGUUCUCCAUGAAGUCAGAGUCUCAAACAAGGAACAUGUCAACCAUCUGAUCGUGCAGCCUCCGUUCCUGCAGUCCGUCCACCAUCCAGAGUCUCAGAGCAGUAUCCGGCGUGGUUCAGUGGUCCCCAGCAUUGCCACGGUGGUCAUCAUCAUCUCCGUGUGCAUGCUUGUGUUUGUCGUGGCCAUGGGAGUGUACCGGGUCCGGAUUGCCCACCAGCACUUCGUGCAAGAGACUGAGGCUGCCAAGGAAGCAGAGAUGGACUGGGAUGACUCUGCGCUGACUAUUACUGUCAACCCCAUGGAGAAACACGAAGCACCGGUGCGAGGGGAGGAGGAGACAGAGGAAGAGGAGGAAGAGGAAGUAGAAGACGACGUCAGCUCUAGCGACUCAGAAGGCAGCGAAGAGGAGGAUGUGGAGGAAGAGAUGGGCCGAGGCAGACACGAGCAGAGUCGAGUGAGGCAAGCCCAGCUGGAGUGGGAUGACUCCACCCUCCCCUAUUAGUGGCCCGACCGACCAACUGCUCUCAGCCCACGUGUGUCCCCUGUGUAAACCCU